GUCGCGGCUCAGCGGCACAGCAUGUGCGCGGGGUCGGCCGGGGAAGAUGUAUGUGGGUUAUCUUGUGGAUAAGGACACCAACAUGUAUCCCAGCCCGGUCCGGCAUCCCAGCCUCAACCUCAACCCCCAGAAUUACGUGCCGGGGCCGCCCCAGUACUCGGACUUCACCAGCUACCACCAUGUGCCGGGGAUUAACAACGACCUGCACCACGGGCAGCCGGCGGCCGCCUGGGGGUCUCCCUACACCCCUGCCAAGGAGGACUGGCAUUCCUACGGGACCACGGCGACACCUUCCACCGCCAGCCCAGGGCAGUUUGGAUUCAGCCCCCCAGAUUUUAACCCCAUCCAGCCCCCAGGCUCUGGACUCCUGCCUCCACCCAUUAGCAGCUCUGUCCCCCAGCUCUCCCCUAAUGCCCAGAGACGAACCCCGUAUGAGUGGAUGAGGCGCAGCAUUCCCAGCACCAGCAACAACGGCAAGACCAGGACAAAAGACAAGUACAGGGUGGUGUACACGGACCACCAGCGCCUGGAGCUGGAGAAGGAGUUUCACUACAGCCGCUACAUCACCAUCCGCCGCAAGGCCGAGCUGGCCGCUGCCCUGGGGCUGACUGAACGGCAGGUGAAAAUCUGGUUUCAGAAUCGGAGGGCGAAGGAGAGGAAGGUGAACAAGAAGAAGCUGCAGCAGCAAAGCCAGCCCACCAGCACCACCACGCCGACCCCGCCGGCUGUCAGCACGCUCGGACCCAUUGGGGGCCUCUGCAACAGCAGUGCCCCCAACCUCGUCUCCUCAUCUCCACUGACGAUCAAGGAAGAAUUCAUGCCUUAACCCCCUUCACCAGCUACAGACACCAAGAGAUAAGCACUA